AUGCCUCACCAGUACGGCGCGGGCGCGGGCGGCAUGGGCGGGGGUCCGCCGUCGCCGCCGCCGCAGCACGGCGCGCUGUACCCGCGCUACGCCGCCGCCGCGGGCCCCGGCGCCGGCGCCUACCGCCCCGAGGAGCGCCGACUGACACGCGAAGCCAUGGAGAGAUACCUACGCGAUCGCUCUGACAUGGUCGUAGUCAUUUUACACGCUAAAGUUGCUCAAAAAUCUUACGGAAACGAGAAGCGUUUCUUCUGUCCUCCGCCUUGUAUAUAUUUAUUCGGUGAUGGCUGGCGGCUGAGGCGUGAACGGAUGUUGCGUGAGGGAGAAACAGAGCAAGCCUCUCAGCUGUGUGCGUUCAUUGGUAUCGGUAACUCGGACCAGGACAUGCAGCAACUUGACCUUAAUAAUGGCAAGCAAUAUUGUGCUGCAAAGACAUUGUACAUAUCAGAUUCAGAUAAGCGAAAACAUUUCAUGCUCUCCGUCAAAAUGUUUUAUGGUAAUGGUCAUGAUAUUGGUAUAUUUAAUAGUAAAAGAAUUAAAGUUAUAUCUAAGCCUUCAAAGAAGAAACAAUCUUUAAAGAAUGCAGAUUUGUGUAUUGCUAGUGGAACCAAGGUAGCUCUGUUCAAUAGACUGAGAUCACAGACUGUAUCAACGAGGUAUCUCCAUGUUGAAAAUGGAAAUUUUCAUGCGUCUUCAACUCAAUGGGGAGCAUUUACUAUUCAUUUGCUAGAUGACAAUGAGAGUGAGUCAGAGGAAUUUGCAGUGAGGGAUGGAUAUGUACACUAUGGCUCAACUGUAAAGCUUGUAUGCUCAGUGACGGGGAUGGCCCUACCUAGGCUCAUUAUAAGGAAGGUGGAUAAACAAAUGGCCCUGCUAGAAGCCGAUGACCCUGUGUCUCAACUGCACAAGUGUGCCUUCUACAUGAAGGACACAGAACGCAUGUACCUGUGUCUCUCGCAAGAGAGAAUCAUACAGUUCCAAGCCACUCCGUGUCCUAAGGAGCCAAAUAAAGAGAUGAUAAAUGAUGGGGCCUGUUGGACAAUCAUAUCAACAGAUAAGGCAGAGUACCAGUUUUAUGAAGGAAUGGGUCCAGUCAGAUCACCAGUGACGCCAGUUCCACUGGUUCACUCGUUGAACCUCAACGGCGGAGGCGAUGUCGCGAUGUUAGAACUAGCGGGAGAUAACUUCACGCCCUCCUUGCAAGUGUGGUUCGGUGACGUGGAGGCUGAGACUAUGUACCGCUGCGCUGAGUCGAUGCUGUGUGUUGUGCCGGAUAUAUCGCAGUUUAGGGGACAGUGGCUGUGGGUUCGACAGCCGACGCAGGUACCAGUAUCGCUAGUGAGGAACGAUGGAAUCAUAUACGCGACGGGUCUAACGUUCACGUACACGCCGGAGCCGGGUCCCCGACCGACGUGUCCGCCAGUUGAUGACGUCAUGCGACCCGAACACGCCUGGCACGAUGCACACCGCUUGCCUGACGCGCUGCAGUAGCUCCGUCACGUCAUGCGCAGCUGCAUCGCGUCACGUGCGAGUUUGUCACGUCAUGUGUUACUUCGUCACGUCACAUGCGACUGCGUCACGUCACGUGCGGAUAUGUCGCACCACGUAAAAUCGCAUUUACGUCACCUGCAUCGGCUUGACAUGUUGUUGGGUUCUGAUUUUGUUAUAAUGUUGAUGACUUUGUCGCAACAAACGCCCAGCGUAAGAUGGAAAAUUUAGAUCAAAUCUCAUUUUACGUGCAAAACGAAUAAAAGUUAGACAGUUGAAAUUAAGCUUUGAAUAAAGAUUUCCCAAGUUUAUACACAAUCAGAACCGCGGUGUCAUACAAAAGCAAUUCGUGUCAAGUCUAAGUAUGUACUCUGGGGUGCCAACGAGAUAUAAUGAAACUUUUAAUUUAUCCUAUCAAAA